AUGAACGCUAAUUCAUCGAUUUGUCGUGUUACAUGCGAAAAGAUUGCUCUUGUACCAUCUAGGCUACAAGCAGAGUUUCCUAUGAUGCGUCCUUUUCGCACCACUUUCCUCGGCAUCAUAAUUUCAUUUGAUUUGGCUCGUCUCGCUGUCUCUUCUGGUGCUGGCAGUCAUCAACCACAAAUGCUCGGGUAUCUCUUAUUCCAUCGGGACAACUGUAAAAACUGGUCGCAAUUAGUGUCCCAUUCCGGUAUUUCCACUCUCUGUGCUGUUUCCUCCGCACAAUAG